AGCGCCCUUCACUUGCCUCCCGCGGGCUGGGAGAGUGAACGCCGCGCUGCUUUAAAAGUUAGGCCAGCGGCCGAGGCAGUGAUCAGCCGGGACAGGCCCUCGCCUGCGAUCUCGGCGGCGCUAGGGCUCCCCGGCCUCUCUUCAGUCCCGGCGGAGAAGCGAAAGCGGAUCGUCCUCUGUUGGGCCGCCCCCUCCUCCGCGGCUCUGCACGCUCCUCCCCGAGCACCCACUCGCCCGGCCCGGGCAGGCAGCGGCGGCCGCGCGGCGCGCCCCGCGAGGAUGUUUGCCACCGGGCUGGCCCCUUUCUACGCUUCCAACUUUAGCCUCUGGUCGGCCACUUAUUGCUCCUCGGCCGGCCCGGGCGGCUGCUCCUUCCCCCUGGACCCCACUGCGGUCAAGAAGCCCUCCUUCUGCAUCGCAGACAUCCUGCAAGCCGGCGUUGGGGAACCAGGGGCGGCCCCAGAGGGCCUGGCAGGGGCCUCGGCCGCCGCUCUCACCGCACACUUGGGCUUGGUUCACCCGCACGUCUCUUUCCAAGCUGCCACCAGGUCCCCGCUUCGACCCACCCCUGUAGUGGCGCCCUCGGAACUCCCGGCUGGCUUCCCGCAGCGUCUGUCUCCGCUUUCAGCCGCUUACCACCCCCAUCACCCGCAGCAGCAACAGUCGCAGCAGCAACAGUCGCAGCAGCAACAGCCUCCUCCUCCAGCCCGGGCCAGCGCCCUGCAGCCCCAGGCCUCGGGGGUGCGCAUGGUCCCGAACCCCCACCCCAGCGGCUCGGCCCCGGCGCCCUCCAGCAAGGACCUCAAAUUUGGAAUUGACCGCAUUUUAUCUGCAGAAUUUGACCCAAAAGUCAAGGAAGGCAACACGUUAAGAGAUCUCACAUCCCUGCUAACCGGUGGGCGGCCUGCAGGGAUGCACCUCCCGGGCCUGCAGCCCUCCGCCGGCCAGUUCUUCGCGUCUCUAGAUCCCAUCAACGAGGCUUCUGCCAUCCUGAGUCCCUUAAGCUCCAACACGAGAAAUUCAGUUCAGCAUCAGUUUCAGGAUACGUUUCCAGGCCCCUAUGCCGUGCUCACCAAGGAUACCAUGCCACAGACCUACAAGAGGAAGCGCUCAUGGUCACGCGCUGUCUUCUCCAACCUGCAGAGGAAAGGCCUGGAAAAAAGGUUUGAGAUCCAGAAGUAUGUGACCAAGCCGGAUCGAAAGCAGCUGGCAGCAAUGCUGGGCCUCACUGAUGCACAGGUGAAGGUGUGGUUCCAGAACCGGCGGAUGAAGUGGCGGCAUUCCAAGGAGGCCCAGGCCCAGAAAGACAAGGACAAAGAGGCAGCUGAAAAGCCAUCAGGUGGAACCUCGGCUUUCGACGGAGAGCAGGACGAGAGGAGCCCCAGCCGUUCGGAGGGUGAGGCUGAGAGCGAGAGCAGCGACUCCGAGUCCCUGGACAUGGCCCCCAGCGACACCGAGCGAACUGAGGGCGCUGAGCGAUCUCUGCAUCAAACAACCGUUAUCAAGGCCUCGGCCACCGGCGUCCUCGUCACCACAAGCAGCGGCGGAAGCAGCGGCAGCGGCAGCAGUUUUAGUUUCAACAGCAGCCUCAGUAGUAGCAGCACCAGCGCGAGUAGCGCCAGCAGCCUUGGCAGCAGCGGCAGCCUCUCGGAGCUGCCCUCCGCGCCUCAGCCCACCCUCAGCAAUGCUCCCCAAAGCCCUGAGCCGGCCUCAGCGCCGCUAGGCGGCCUAUAG